AUGGGUCAGACACUGUCCGAGCCCGUGGUGGACAAGCAUUCAGAUGAAGGUCAAGAUGACAGAGUGGCCUUUGGUGUCAGUGCCAUGCAGGGCUGGAGAAUAAGCAUGGAGGACGCCCACGCCACGAUCCUCGACCUACAACCGCUGGAAGGAGACGAGGAGCUCAAGCCAGCAGCCUCCGACGUGCGAAUAUCCUUCUUCGGCGUGUACGACGGCCAUGGCGGUGACAAGGUAGCACUCUACACAGGCGAGCACCUACACAAGAUCAUCGCGAAGCAGGAGUCUUUCAAGAAGAAGGACUUUGAGCAGGCGCUGAAGGACGGCUUCCUCGCCAUCGACAGAGCCAUCCUGAGUGAUCCCAAGUACGAAGAGGAAGUCUCAGGAUGCACUGCUUCCGUGGGCAUCAUCACAAAGGACAAGAUCUACGUCGGCAACGCUGGAGAUUCGCGAUCUGUCCUCGGCAUCAAGGGCCGCGCCAAGCCCUUGUCAUUCGACCACAAGCCGCAGAACGAGGGCGAGAAGGCACGCAUAUGUGCAGCUGGUGGCUUCGUCGACUUUGGCAGAGUCAAUGGCAACCUUGCGCUCAGUCGUGCCAUUGGCGACUUUGAGUUCAAGAAGAGCGCAGAUCUUCCCCCAGAGCAACAGAUUGUGACUGCAUUCCCCGACGUCACAGUCCACGAACUCAGUGACGAUGACGAGUUCCUUGUCAUUGCAUGUGACGGUAUCUGGGAUUGCCAAUCGUCGCAAGCUGUCGUCGAAUUCGUCCGCAGAGGAAUUGCCGCCAAGCAGGAACUUCACUCGAUCUGUGAGAACAUGAUGGACAACUGCCUCGCAUCGAACUCGGAGACGGGCGGCGUUGGCUGCGACAAUAUGACCAUGUCCGUCAUUGCGCUGCUCAACGGCAAGACCAAGGAAGAGUGGUACAAGAUGGUCGGCGAUCGCGUUGCGAACGGCGACGGCCCAUGUGCACCGCCCGAAUAUGCUGAGUUUAGGGGACCCGGCAUGCAUCACCGCUUCGACGACUCGCCGUCCGAUGAAUACGACAUGGACAUGGACCAGAGGACAAGAAUGCUAGGUCGGGGUGGCCGCAUCAUACUUCUCGGUGAUGGUACUGAGAUUUUGACAGGCAACGCAAACGAUCAUGAUGGAGAUGUCGAUAUGGAUGAUCGGGGUGAUGCAGAGGAGACUUCGGACGACUCGUCGGAAGAGAAGGACACAGAGCAGGUACGGAAACAUCAAGCGGCGGAGCAGAAACCAAACGGCGAGACGGAGCAAGAGAGGAGCGCAAGAGAAGCAACACCAGCGCCGUCGAGCAUCGAUUCGCAAAAGGUAGAGGAGUCUAAGCAGCGUUCGGCCGGAUCGGACACCAAGCCUGAGGAUCCCAAGACGUCAGUGCCAAUCGACACGGCCAACCCCAAGGAGGACACGGCCAAGGCGCAAGCUGCGGCAGAGUCCAAGUAA